AUGGUGGAGCGGGGCGACGCGGCGCCGCUGCUGCGCUGGGCCGAGGGCCCGGCCGUCUCCCCGCCGCAGGCCCCGGAGCUGCAGGCUGGAGGCCGCGGCUGGGGCGGCGCCGGGGGCGGCCGGGUGGCCGCGGAGCCAUGGAGGAGGCGGGAGCCCGAGGAGCUGGGUGCCUCCGGGGUGCUGCUGCAGCCCGGGCGCCUGGAGCUGGGCGACGUGGAGGAGGACCAGGUGGUGGCCGUGUUCGUGGUCACCUUCGAUCCCCGCUCGGGAAACAUGGUGGAAUGGUGUUUACCUCAAGAUAUUGACCUCGAAGGUGUUGAGUUCAAAUCUAUGGCCAGUGGGUCCCAUAAAAUCCAGUCUGAUUUCAUCUAUUUCCGGAAAGGGCCCUUCUUCGGCCUGGCCUGCUUCGCCAACAUGCCUGUGGAGAGUGAGCUGGAGCGUGGCGCACGCAUGAAGUCAGUGGGCAUCCUCUCUCCGUCCUACACCCUGCUUUACCGGUAUAUGCACUUCCUGGAGAACCAGGUUCGACACCAGCUGGAGAUGCCUGGACAUUACUCCCAUUUGGCCGCCUUCUAUGAGGAUAAGAAAGGGGUACUCCGUCCUGGUCCCGGGAGAGGCGGCAGCCUGCCCCCCGUCUGCUGGCUGCCUUCCAUCCACCGAUACAUGUACCCUGAGAUGAAGAUCACACACCCAGCCGGCUGCAUGUCUCAGUUCAUUAAAUUCUUUGGAGAACAGAUCCUUGUCCUUUGGAAAUUUGCCUUACUUCGGAAGCGCAUUUUGAUAUUUUCUCCCCCUCCUGUGGGCGUCGUGUGCUAUAGAGUGUACUGCUGCUGCUGCCUGGCCAACGUGUCCCUGCCCGGCAUCGGGGGCACCAUUCCCGAGUCCAAGCCUUUCUUCUACGUGAACGUGGCCGACAUCGAGAGCCUGGAGGUAGAGGUGUCCUAUGUGGCCUGCACCACAGAGAAGAUUUUUGAGGAGAAGCGAGAACUGUACGACGUGUAUGUGGACAACCAGAACGUGAAGACACACCAUGACCACCUGCAGCCCCUGCUGAAGAUAAACAGCGCUGACCGGGAGAAGUACCGGCGGCUCAACGAGCAGAGGCAGAUGCUGCUGUACUCCCAGGAAGUGGAGGGAGACUACAACCCAUGUGAAGAGGACCUCUUUGUGCUGUUUUUCCUAGAGCAAAACAACCGGAUAUUUCAGACUUUGUUGGAGGUGUCCGCCAGUCAAGACAAAACGCUGACAGCCGAGCAUGCCCGGGGCAUGGGUCUGGACCCCCAGGGAGACCGCAGCUUUCUGCUGGACCUGCUGGAGGCCUACGGCAUAGACGUCAUGUUGGUCAUUGACAACCCCUGUUGUCCGUAGGGAGAGUGAGCCAGACUGGUGAGCCGCUCCCAUGGGGAGUUCACUCCAGGCCCCCGAGGACUCCUUUUUUAUUAAAUACGAAGGAAUAUUGUUUAUACUUCCCAACAAAUGUAAUUUUUGCAAUCUCCUUUCUUCCCGGGCUCCCUAGAGGUAAGAUGAGACUGCCGUGGCUUUGUGUUCUGCUGUGGUAGGAUGCCGGAGUCUACCACGUUCUCCCAGAGUGGCUGCCUGGUGUGGUCGUGGGCUUUAAUAAAGUUGACUGUCACGUGUCCUUGUUGACUGAUGUCAGGGUGUGUGGCGAAGGCCACAGAUCAUUAGGAGCCACCCGAGCUCUGGAAAUAUUGGGGUGGACCGUUCUGGAAAUCUGUCUGGUCUGUGUCCCUUGAUGUAUUCAAGAAUGAGACAACUGUCUGUCUGCCCAGUGUAGCCUUGGAUGUCCACCUGCCCAAAGGUGGAAGCUGGACCAGAUGACUUUCCAGUAUUUUUAUCAGUUCUGGGAGUCCAGUCUUGGAAUGAGAUCUCGUUUUUCCUGUACAUUAGGACAAAUCUGUGUCUUCUCUAUUUACAUGCCUAGAGACCCCAACAUGGGACAAAAGGAUGUUUCUGACACCAAGUUUGAGCGUCUCUCAGGACAGGAUGACAGGGAGAGGUUGCUUUCAGCCAGCUGAAAACUACAAUGUUAGAAUGAAGUCUUGAAUCGUUCCUCAGAGUAAGUCAACAUAAUGGUGGCCACUCAAUGUACUAUUCCUCUUUCUCGGAAUCCCCACCUUGUGAGAUGGGUUGACGAAUUCCUAAGGACCAUGCCAGCCCUGGAGCUUGCAAGCAAAUUCAUCUUCCACUUCAGUCUCCCUUAAGAGCUAACCAUCCUCUUGGAGUAACUUGGGUGUUUUUAAAGAGGAGCAUCUGCAGCCCCCAAAAGCAGACCAGUUGAGGUAGAGGAGAGAGAAGAGGUUUCUUCAGCUGGAUGACGGUCUUCCGGAUGCGUUACUGGCAGAAUCUCUGGAUGAAAACAAGGGUCCACUGGACUCCGUCAUCAGACAAGGAGCUGAGCUGUUAACUCAGAGGCUGGAGCCUGCUAACAAGACCAGGUACCGGCUCGGCGCCCUCACAGACUUCUCUUUAGCAGAGCCAGCGUUUCUCGAGCUAAGUAUUUGGGGCCAGAGAUGUAACAGAUUUGUUACAGAGCAAAUCUGACAGUGCCAUCCCUCCGGGAAAGUGGCCGGGAAGCUCGAGUGUCAGCGAUGAGUGUAUGUGUGCUUCCCUCCGACAGGGUUUGGUCCGGGACAGCUCCCAUCGGUCUCUGCCUCUUCUCUCUGGCUGCGUGUCAGCUUAGGUGAGACAGAGACUGUUAACCACAGGAAGCCAGCUCUGAUGAGUUCCUCGGCCAUCAUUUAGGAUUUUGACUUGGAAUACUCGGCUAUUGGUGACAAAUAGUUUCUUCACCUUCACCCUUCCUACCUGGUUGUGUGACUGAAAUCGCGAUUCGUGUAUCCACGUCCCCAAGUUCCAGCCAGGCUAAUGUACACAACAGAGAGAAAUAACUUCCAUGGAGCUCCUUGAUAGAGAAUUCAAGACUAAAGAAAUUCACAUGUGGAAAUGCAAAUAGACACUGAUUCGUCACUGUAGCGUCUUUUAUGUAAAUAUAUAAAUAAGUUGGGGCAUUGAAAUGUAAACUGUACAACUACUACAUUUUUCUCCUCUGCAGUGCGGGUUGCACCAUCAUUUCAGUAAUACAUAGGUUUACAGAAGCAAAGAAAUCUGUGUUCAGAAGUUGAAGCUUCACUGCCAUGUUCUUUGAAGAGCAAACCUUGUCCUCUUGUCUCUCGAGAAGUGACCUUUCUAAACUUGGGUCAAGUAACCAUUCCUGGUGUCUCCAAGUUCAAGGUCUCCUAAGGGGGAUGAGUGGUCAGAGCAGGGGUAGGGGUGAAAGGAAGGCCGGAUUCUCUCGGAGGACAUAGGUUGACCCUCUUCCUGGGGAAUUGGGGGAUUUGUUGGAAGAACUUUCUUUUUAAGCACUUCUGUUCGAGUCUUUAUGCCUGCGAACCUUUUGUUUCUGUGGUUUUGUAACGCCAAGCUUGGUAGUGCUGAUGUAAAGCUAGUGAAAACGAGGUACCCGUAGUUCCUUUGAAUGGUGGGUCAGGGGUUCUGGGCUCCUGUGAACUCCAUACUGAUGUAGGUGGACGUCUGUCUGCCAGCUCCAUGCGUCCAUCCUCAUACAGAGGGCUGGGGUGUGGGUGCCCCGGAAAGCCGUGGGGCAAGUGCCGUGUCCCAGGUCAUAUGGAGCCUGGGCUUCGCUGAGCCCAGAGCAGAACUUGUCCCCUCCCUCCUUGUGUUCCUUUGAAGAGGGGACCCAAGGACUGGGUCCCUCCCUCCAUUGCAGCUUCCUCGGGGGCCAGAAGUUAGCCCUGGCUGAAGAGCGCGCUCACUGGCUCUGUGGUUUCCUUUUUCACUGGUUGUCAUGACCCGAGCAUUUCUUGCCUGGACUGAUAUGGAGCGCCUGGCUUCCAGGGUCACUGUUUGAAGGCUUGCUUUGUCCCUGGUUCUGCUCGCGCUCCUCUGCCUUCUCCCCAGUAGCUUAGGUGAGAGCAGAGCCCCACAUCAUUUGCUGCCAGUUUUCUAGAAGGGGACUGAGUCUGUGAGGUACGAGGCAGGAAUCCUUGCACAAUGACAGAGAAGCCACCUGGGCCUGCUUUCAUCACGUUGAAAUAUUUCCUGAGGAGCCAUACGCUUUGGUUUGGAAGAUCCUCGUGAACACCCUUUGAGGUACCUGCCUUCUAGGUCUGGAAGCUCUUGAGAGGCUGGAUGAUAUUGACCACUGACCUUCUGGGCCAGCUUGGAAACCCAACCUGGGCUGCGGUACCUUAACCACUGGGGGCCUCUGGCCUGGGGGACCUCACGCCCUUCCCUGCCCCAGAUGGCUGGGUCGUCCUGGGGAGCUGUUAGCCUGAUCUAGCAAGAUGCUGAGAGCCAGAUGCUUACCUGAGAUACCUGGGCUGCCAUGUCACCCUGAGACCGAGUUAGAGGACAUUUCCAGGUGGCAAAUUUCCUUGUGAGGCUGAGAAUCCAGGCGUGGGGUUUGUUGAUGUUGAAGUGGAUUUGUUUCAAGUUUGCAGGCUUGUGAGAUGACAAUAAGCAAUCUUUAGGACAGUGUCCAGUGGUCGUAUAUCUUAGGACUUUCUUUGGAAGGAGUCAGAAGUAACAGGGCUUAUCUCCUACGAGACCAAAACUUAUGGGCCAAAUCAUUUGCUUAGAAUUAGCUUUGACUUUCGUCAAGCAGGGAGCGUUGCUUAGAACUGGUGUAGAUCAUUUGCAAUGUAAGGGUCCCACCUGGGGCGCUGUACAGCCCUCAGGAAAUUAUGACUGCUGUGAAGUAGAAGGCAUGGGCCUGCCAUAGCCACCAUCCAUUCCAUUGUGGCAUCUCUUCUUCCAUUUGGCUGGGGAAGGGAAGCUGACUUCAUGGACCUACUGACAGAAAUCAUUUGGCACAGGAAUUUGCACCGAGAACUUAACCUUGUUUUGUUCCACCGGAAAGUCAAGAUGGGACAUUUAAGUGCAGGUCAUUGUAAAUACCACACGCGAAGCUUCAUUUGUCAGUGUAACGACCUACGAUGUUUUAGCUAGAACACAAAGGGGAAGAUCCAUCACAGCUGAGUCACUGUUUCUUACUCUGGUGGCUGUCAGGACAAACUGGCUAUUUGUCUUGAUACAUGGAAAGUCCUUCAAACACAAUAAAAAGAUGAGAUGAUUCACCUUUAAACAGGCCUUUAGGGCACCUUUUGCAAAGGGCAGUCAUGAAUGAACCUUUUCAUGGUAAUAUCGCAGCCCUCCAGGAAGAGGCAGGGACCUCAGGGACCGGUUUGUUUGUGUUUUUUUAUGGGACUGCAUGGCCGGGGAAUGGACUGAGGUGCUUUCUCCAGUCCCAGAGCAGGUCAUUCGUGUAAGUAAAGGAGGGGAGGGGACUGCUGGACAAAACCCUAAGACAGUGUUCGCUUGACAGUGAACUUGCCUUGGUGUGGAAAUACUUCUAAAACAGCAAGAGUCACUAUGGGCCCAGCACGCAUGCAUGGCUUUAUGUCCCUGUUGGGUUCCUCGCUAGUGGGCCGAGAGUCUGAGCAAAGCGCAGUCCUCCUCGGCUGUUUGCCCUGCACUUCUCAGCCCUACCUGGUGCCCUGCGGCCAGGAUCCUGCAGGCCCAGUGCCGUCCCCGCAUUUCAGGAAAACCCUUUUCUGAUUCAGGUAGGGGAAGAGGAGGAGCUAAGGGCUCCUUUUACCCCCAAGCCAUGGACUUGUAAUAUUUCCUUUGUGUUACUAAUAUACCUCUGUUCCCAGGAGCUCCUGGAGUGCUGAGAGUGGUGGGAAAUGGCUAACUGUGAAUUACGUUAACGUUUUUCUUACAAGAGAUGGGAGUUUAUUUUUAUAUUGGUAUCACUGUGUGAAGUGAGGAUGCAGAGGCUGAAAUGGAAGGAAAUUUCCAAACUGUAAUCCUAGAAGAAGUGGGCAGUUUUGGACUUUGGAAGCAACUGAGAUUUAUAAAAGUUUUAUUACUUAAAUGUUUUGGAGAGUGAAAAAGGAGACUGUGAAAUCUUAAUAGCCCUCUUUAGGAGAUAAACUUGACAGUCCUCGGGAGAAUGACCUACCAUCCCCAGCCUUAAGCAAAACUUGUACAAAAGGGGGUACAUGUGAAAAUGCUGAUUAGGCCUCCUAACUGGUGGGGCUGGGAGGUGGUUUUUGUAACUGGCACUUUAAUUCACUUUUGGAGCUGGAAUACAGGGGCAGUUGGAUGAAACUGCAUGUUCAGAAAGGUAAUAAGAAUUUUCCAGUGCUAGAUAAAUAAUGAUGGAGAAAUAAAUCCCUGCUUUCAUUUCUUUAGAGUUCAUUCUAGAAGCUCAGCAUAGCAUGGGCUUUCAGAGGUAAAUAGGAUCUAAACUCAGAAAAUGUAUUCAAUUACUGUAAUAGGAGGACACAUGUGAAUUGUGUGCUGUAGAAUGCCUAUUUAGACUAAUGAUCCAUAUACUUUGCUUUCUAAGGAUAGUUGGGGAAUGGCAGGGGUUGGACCAGGGUAUUUAUUAUAAAUUGGCCAGAGAUGAUCCACAAAAUGAAAACUCCACCGAGGUCACUGAGUUAGCUGAUUGCUGACAUUAGAGUGAAAACGUCCUCUGGGCAAAUUAAGCAAAAUUAAAGGAUAAGAACGAUUCUGGAGGUAGCAUCAGGCAAGGAGUUUCAGUGCCCACAAAGACCGUAAGUCAGGGAAGGUAUAGUUGCUGAGCUUUUGAACAGACAGGGUGGGAGAUAUUAGGGGUACAGAGUAGAGGAAAACAAAAUGCACUUCCUUAUUUACCCCCUACCUUGCUGACUAAACUUUCUGUCGGUCUGGGAAAGAAACCUUUUCUGAAAAAGAAAUAGUUGUAGCCUUGGAAAAGCGCUUUUCCUCCUUUUUCCAAGUUAGGAAAAGCAUAGCCUCCCGGUCACCUUAAAUGUCAAACCCCUGUUUUGAGGACCCCAGUCUCAGAGUUAUAGCAAUAAGAGAAACUGAAUCUAUUUUUGUUUCAAGUCUUUACCUCAUAUGAUGAAACCUGUAAGACAGCUGAUAAGUUUCACCCGGAAUAUUAGUGCAUAUAGGUAUGUCGUUCUUGCUGUUUUCAGUGGCGAUCAUUUUAAAGAAAGCUGGGAUUAUUCUGAAGCCAAGAGCAAAUGUUUCUUGAAUUGAUUUUGUUCUGGGGUACAACUAACAUCUGUGUUUAUCAUAUCUGUAUAUAUCUGAACCGAGUUGUGUGCAGAGAGGUUGAUAUAACUAUAUUUACAGAAAAUUACUUUUUACAAUUAAAGUUCACAUUUUAACAUGA